AAAUUUGGUUGACAGUUCGUGCCAGUCGUGGCAGAAUUUUUGGAGCAAAAAUAGUGAUUUAUCUGUUGCAAUUUUACCGUGUUGUGCCCCCAUUUCUCGUUAUCUUUUGAUCUCGUGCCAAUCCUCUGUCAUCAGUGUUGCUAUUUGUGCGAUAAUCGGUGAAAAUGUCGAAGAAAAACCCCUUACUUUCGUCCGCUGGACUCACCUUCGAUGACUUCACCCAUAACGCCAGGUUAAUGCCAGCUGCGGCACCUGUUCCCGUGGCCACGGUUGUUCCAGAUGUCCAGGGCUCUCGAGGAAGUUCAGAGGAACCCAAGGAGGAAAUCCGACCGGCACUGUUCGGUUCACCACCACCACCUGUUGCCUCUGAGGCCAAUUUCAGUGACAUCAGUUUGGAACCAAGUGCUGAACAGCAGGGAUCCUUUUUGGGGGCUUCAUCAGAGCCUCAAUUGUACAAUCCACUGCAGGGAAUUGAUCCUUACGGCGGCGGCGGAAGUAGUACUGGGGAAAAGUCUUUAUCUGUAAAUCAACAAGGGGGUGAUUCUCUAUUCAGUCCACUUGUUCAGGCAACACAACUGAAGGAAUCUCUGCAGCAUAUUCCCUCAGUGGCAUCUACGGUAUUUUCAACUUUUUCCAGCAUCCUCAAAGGUAGCACGGGGGAACAAAGUGAGCCAUUGAGUGGCCAGGAAAAUACCAUAAAUCCCCCUCAAGGUGUCUACAGAAGUCCUUUGGAUGCAAUUUAUGAACAACAGGUGCUGAAUCAAACAUCACAGAAUCCCGUGGAACAACCACAGGCAUCUCCAUUGCUCUUUUCUCCGGAAGAUCCGGCUAUUUCAGCUUUUUCAGCCGGUCAUACGCCUCCGCCUCCAACUGUAACAUCCACCAAUACUUUCCGUCUUGGUGGUAACAAGAAGAAGACUUACGCACCUGUUCCCGGACUGUCUAGUGGGAAUAUUGCUCAGGAAGCAUCAGCAUUUCCUCCACAGACGCAUAAUUUACCACCAAUUCCAGUUCCUGAGCAUAAGCCUGUAACUCCACCACCUGUGAAUUUUUAUUCACAAUCUCAGCAGGCUACUGCUCCACAGGUAGCUCCGAUCAUUCCGACUGUUCCGGAACAGCAGGCACAAGUACCUCAGGGGAAUCAAAAUAAAUUCUCUCUGUCAUCAUUUUUCUCAGCUCCGAUCCUUGAUCGUUUUCAAGGCAAGAGCAGUGUGCAGGAAGUGCCAGUUGCAGCUGAAAUAUCUUCUGUAGAUUCUGUUGGAAGUAUUCCAGGUCAGGAAAAAUUAAUUCAGCCAGCAGUGCAAGCACCAGUUUUUAUUAAUCCUCAGCUGUUCAAUACAAAUCCACUUGGUGGUUCUUUGAGAGGACAGGAUAUCUCUCCGAAAUCUUCUUCUGCUAUUCCUGAGCCUCCAGUGAGUCAAGGUCCAUUCUUUAGUCCUCAAGGGAAUCAGCCAGGACCUCCUCCAACGAGUCAAGUUCCAUUUUCCCCUGCUCCUCAAGUUCUGCCUGAGCCUCCUUUGGCAAGCCAAGGUCCAUUCUUUAGUCCCCAAGGGAAUCAGUCAGGAGUAUCUCCAGCGAGCCAAGUUCCAUUUUCCUCUGCUCCUCAAGUUCCGCCUGAGCCUCCUUUGGCAAACCAAGGUCAAUUCUUUACUCCUCAAGGGAAUCAACCAGGACCUCCUUCAGCGAGCCAAGUUCCAUUUUCCUCUGCUCCUCAAGUGAUUCAACCAGAGGCAUCUCCAGUGAAUCAGUCUAAACCACCUUCUGCAAGCCCAGUUGCAUUCUUUACUCCUCAAGUGACUCAGCCUGAACCGUCUCCAAAAAGUCAAUUUGCACCUCCUCCAACAACUUCUGUUCUCCAAGGGAAUCAUCCUGGACCUAUUACAGGAAGUUCUGCUCCUCAAGUGACUCAAGCACAGAUAUUUCCUCCUGAAUCUGUUUCUGGGAGCCAAAGCGGAUUUUUUGCUCCUCCAUCAACUUUUCCCCCUUCAACGCCUACUGUUCCCCUGUAUAAUCCAUCAGUACAGCCUCAAGCUCAACCAGGCUUUCCAUCUGUCCAGACAUCAGUAAAGUCAGAAACACCAUCAGCGCCACCACCAACAAACACUGCCAAUCCUUUCAGUGGAUAUCGUUUGGCCAAGAAAAAAACUCCGACAUACAAGAAUUCACUGAUUCCAGAGACAAAGACAACUUUCUUCGUGCCUGAAUCCAAUCAAACUCCCUCAGUGCCAGUAAAUUUUUUCACACCAUCUCAAGCACCAAGUGCAUUUGUCCAAGCAACAUCUCAAGCCCCCGCAACUCCGCAGGCAGAGCUAAAGAUUGAGACAAAAGUCUCAUCACCGACAAUUUUCAAGUCCACUUCAGAACCUGUACCUUCAGUUCAACCGGAUCAGGCAUUUUUCCUGCCCAAAAGUCCAAUUGAUGAGAAAGUUCCCUAUACACCAGAAAAAUCGCACAUUGAUCAAUUGUGCACGGAAUUGGAGGCAACGACACUACCCAAAGUUACACAGACAAUAAAUUUUUUCGGUGAUCAAUCAGCUAAUUGGUUUGACACCAAUCAAAACGCCCAAUUGCCAACAGAUCACACCACAGAGGACGUGAAUAAGAAUCAAACUGAUAUUCAUGCCAGUUUCUUCGAUUGUCCGCCAGAAUUGAAGCCAGACGAAGUGCAGCCCAAUUUCUUUAGUUUCCCAAAACCCUCGGCAGACGACGUGAGUAUCAACAAUAAUUCUCUGAUUGUGGAGAAAUCUUCAGUGGACGAUAGCAAAGUGUCUCUGGCAUCUUUUCCAUCCAACGAACGUGAGCAGCAAUCGCAAAUUUUAGGAGGUACUCUGCCGAACGGAGACCAAAUUAAGGAAGCUGCUACAGAAAGCAAACAGAUCACAACUGAUCAGCCCUUCAAUGCGAAUUUGUUAGAGAACACAAUAACCCCAAUGGCAACAUCAAGAUCAACCCCAACUGGUCAGGAGCCGUCAGGGAAGUCGGUGACAGACGCAGCAACUGCUCCCAGUGGUUCGUACCGACCAGUCUACAAACACUGGUUCUACAAGGAAAAAAUCGAAGGCAAGGAUGCGUGGACCCCAUUCUCCAUGACAGACUCUCUGGCUCUUGAGGAAGCCUUCAUUACUCCCUCAGCGGAAUCAACGACGAUAGCCACCGAUGGAGGUCGUCAUGAUGUGAAUAUUGCUGCAAGGACACGAACAGCCAUUUACUGGACAGCGGAAGUCAAUGAGGUCCGAAGGUGUUCAUGGUUUUACAAAGCUGUUGAUUCGAGAUUUGUUCCCUAUGAAGAAGAAACGGCAGAUUAUUUGGAGGAGGAAUACAAGAAUGCUUUUGCGAGUGGUUCGUGGCACAAGCAACUGACUCUGCCCAAUGGGGAACAGGUGAAUUUUCACGGACCAAAUGUGAUGGUGCAUUUCCUGCAGACGACUCCAGAUGCCUGGGGAAAUACGCCACAGGUUACAAAUCGGCCCCGAGUGGUUAAGAGAGGUGUCGAUGAGUUCAAUAUUGACGAUGGAGAACCCGAACAGAUUGAUCAUGUGUUGUUUGUGGUGCAUGGAAUUGGGAAGGCUUGUGAUUUUAAAUUUCGAACUGUUGAGGAAGUUGUUGAUGAAUUCCGAAAUAUUGCUCUGCAAAUGGUUCAAUCGCACUACAGAUCAUCGUAUGAUGCUGGAGAAAUUGGUCGAAUUGAAGUGUUACCCAUUUCUUGGCACAGUGAACUACAUUCUGAUGAAUCGGGCAUUGAUGCCAAACUGAAAUCCAUCACUUUGGAAUCCAUUCCUAAGCUGAGAAACUUUACCAAUGACACUUUGUUGGAUGUACUGUUCUACACGAGUCCGAUCUUCUGUCAGAGUAUCAUGGACACGGUCUGUGGAUCAGUAAAUCGUCUGUACAAAUUAUUCUGUGAGAGAAAUCCCAAUUUCAAGGGCGGAGUCUCACUGGCUGGACACAGUCUUGGCUCUCUCAUCCUCUUUGACUUGCUGUGCCAUCAGAAAUCUCCAAGCAACGACAAUGAGCACGAAGUAGAGAAUUCGGAAACUCCUGACCAGAUGAACGUGGUCACACCGACAGAGCCCAUCCUGAGGCCAGAUAAGCAAACAGCCCAGCAGAUAAACUAUACAAUGGGACCAGCUGGAACGGGUCAGCCAUUCAUCAAUUAUCCUCAAUUGGAUAUUCGGCCGAGGAAUUUCUUUGCUUUUGGAUCACCAAUUGGGAUGUUUGUGACUGUCCGAGGAAUUGACACCCUCGGACUGGACUUUAAGCUUCCCACGUGCGAUGGUUUCUUCAAUAUCUUCCAUCCCUAUGACAUUGUGGCGUACAGAAUUGAGGGAUUGGUGAAUGCUGAACUCAGUUCCCUGCGCCCAGUUCUUAUUCCCCAUCACAAGGGUAGAAAGAGAAUGCAUUUGGAACUCCGGGAGCAAAUGGUGAGAGUUGGUGGUGAGAUAAAACAGAAAAUCUUCGACACCUUCCGCUCAACAGUGGACACAGUGACCCAUAUCACGAGUCUGGGACGUGCUGAUCCUCAAGCUAUCAAAUGUGAAGUGGACAAGGUGCUGGAGGAGCAAUUGCAUCUGGAUGAGACACAGCGAGAGAUCAGUUCAGCUGGUACGGGAUCUUCGGGGGGAAGUGAAUGUGACACGGGAGAGACGGAUUUACCGCUGGGAAGACUCAAUCAGGCCAGGAGAAUCGACUAUGUACUGCAAGAAGCCCCCUUGGAAUUCUUCAAUGAGUACAUCUUUGCCCUUACCAGUCAUGUAUGCUAUUGGCAAUCUGAGGAUACCAUCUUGUUUAUUGUCAAGGAGAUCUAUUCAUCAAUGGGCGUCCAGACGGACAAUAAAGUUCCCCAGCAGAGUCUGACAAUUGAACGACCGACAGGGAGUCUACCACCAAGAUAGACAGUCACAAGGAGGAUUCCAGAAAGUUAUUUAUAUUUUGAUGAUUGUUUAAUCGUGGAGAGAAGGAAAUAAAAAGAAUCUAUCGAAUGUGAACAAA